AGAACUAGAAGAUCAAUUUUUUAACCUCAAAAAUAAAAAUACAUGCGCAGUAUCCUCUUUAUAUUCUGUGAAAAAUAUACACGGGUGAAUGAAAAACAAGUUGUUGUUUUUAUGUAAUAAAAAAAAAAUUAGUUAAUUUUAUCUUUAUUAGGUAAAAUAGAAAUUGGAAUGAGUACUACAUAUUUUUAUUUGGAAGUGCAGGCCGAUCUGAGCGGUGAAAUGCGACCAGAGCUAAUAGUGCAACAUUUGAUAAGUGAAGCGGGAAAACAACUUUUUGGUGAAUGUGGGGCCCCUCAAGCUGACGUAUUGAGAGUGAGUCCAAGUGGAACCAUUUUGCUACGUGUUCACGCACGUCACCACCGUCGCUUACGUGCUGCACUUGCUCUGUGCCCUAAAACAGUAAGAGUAUAUGCAGAAGCACCAUCACUCCAGGCUCUAAUUUAACAUCUUUAAUCAGCAUGUCGUUGCGCGAGGAGUGGACGGGUCCCGGCGGCAAGGACCUGCUGGUGGUGGCGGCACCCGAGGUGCUGGCGGCUCCAAGCCGCGCCAUACUUCCCGAACCACCACCAGCGCCUGGUCUCGUGAAUGCCGACGGCUCCAUCAACUGGGGCUGCCCGUGCCUUGGAGGCAUGGCCACUGGGCCUUGUGGCACCCAGUUCCGAGAUGCCUUCUCCUGCUUCCACUACAGUGAAGCGGAUCCAAAGGGCAGCGACUGCUACGAGAAGUUCAGCGUGAUGCAGGAGUGCAUGUCGCAGUACCCCGACCUGUACGGCAAGGAUGAGGACGAGGACGAGGACGUGGCUGAGGCCACAGCCAGUGCCGAGCUGGCGACGAGUGUGGCGAGUGCGGCGAGUGCGCCGAGCGCUCAGGCCGACGCCGAGGCGCCGCGCCCCGCCGCUGCCGCAGCAAACAACUAGGCACUCUGCAUGGCUGCAGUUGGGCGUAGCUAGGAAGGAAUACGUUUGGACAAGUCUCCAACUCCACAAGAAUAAUGAUCCCACGUUUUGAGAAGUUUACCAAGAGAGAUGAAAGAUGUUGGCUACCCCCAUAUGCUAGUGAUAUCGUCUAGUGGUUAAACGUUCGUGUCACCUACUCCAUAGACGCUGAGGAAGGAAGUGCGUGCAGCGGAUAAUAAACAUUAUAACAAUUCAAUAGUAACUUUAUAGUUUGGUUAACUUAAGUCUUACACGGAAGUCUAUUGACACACCUGUUAUAGGACGUGUAUAAUAUAUGCAAGUGUCUAGUGAAACAAGUGUAAGGGUGCGCACACAAAUGCUUAGUAAAUAAAACAAAGUUAGUAGAUAAGUUCGCUUGAUUUCAUUUAGACCAAUGACGUAUGCAUAACCCCACAAAUGAAUUACUGACUCUGUGGAGUCUAGUAACUGGCAUUAAAAGCUUAUGUUUGUUCCUAGUGUUUAAAGAAUACACAUCCUUAUUCUUAUUAAAGCUAUAUGUUUUUAUGUAAAUACAUUGCAUUUUCAUAAAUAUAUUGCGAUGCCAAAGUU